AUGAUUCGAAAACAGCCACUCGUUUUCUUGCUGUGUUGCGCAGGUUUUGCAAUCCGGCUUUUCCUCAUUGCUUCCUGCGCCAGCGUUGCACUGCCUCUCUUCAUCACCGGGAGGGCUGCUCAAGUUGGAGAACGCAUCGGCGGACCAGAACGUAUUGAUGAAAAUGGUGCACUUGUAGGUCCUCUUGUAGUUCUUGCACAGGACGAUCAUAAGGAAGGUCAUCAAGUUAAGGGUAAUUUUUCACUAUCCCGCGUGAACUAUGCUGAGUGGAGUCCCCCCUGAUCAAUCUAAAGAGAAACCUCCCCUCGAUAGGGGGAAUCUGAACUAUGCUGAGUGGAGUCCCCCUUGAUCUAGGAGGAACCUCCCCUCGAUAGGGGGAACGCAGGGCAACCCACUCGACUCGGGAUAGUGAAAAACUACCUUUAAGCAAGGUCAGCAAGGUCAUCGUCGUGAGGAAGAAAUAAGGACUGCAAUUGCACAAUUGGAGGGAAAACGACGGCUGAGUCCUAAAACGGGUGUUGAACGAGGACCACAUUCGGAUAAGAAUCAACCGUCUGCUUUCAUGCGACGCUUGCCUGGUACUAAGAGCAGUGGCAGCGGAAGCGGUGGCGGCAGUAGUGGCGGUGGUUCUGGGUCAAACGAUAAUUAAGGCUAGACAUAAUUUUUGCACUAGAGUUUUUCUUUCUUGUACCUUUACCUUGAAGUAGCUAGUUAGCUUGAAGUAACGAAAUUUAGCUCCGUACUACUGCUUCCGUUUUUUGAAAAAUCUAACAUCUCAACGAUGAGAACAAGAAGUCGAGCGCUGUGGGACGAGCUUCGGGUCCAAUCGUUAUUCCUUUGGCGUUAUCGCUUGGUAUGUCGCUCCUUACGCACAUGCGGUAGACCGUGGCGUGAGCGGUUUUUGGAAAUUUGUAGAGGUUGAGCCUUAGUAGAAGCUUUCAUUUUUAGGACUGUACAUAGAAGAGGAAGCAAGUUGCUUAGUAGUUGUAUCAAUUCAUCGGAUGAUCGUAAUGUCAAAUUAUAUAUGUCAAGUUACUUAGUACUUGUAUCAAUUCAUCGGAUGAUCGUAAUGUCUCAUGCCUAGACAUGAGAAGAAAUGCAAAGGAGGAGCAAAAAAAGAAGAGAAGAAGAAACGAGGACAUAAAGCCUCAAAAAUAACCUCUUGCCAGGCACACCAAUCAAUCAAAGUAGGCGAAAACUACCGGAAGAUAGGGCUCAAGUAUUCUAGAGGUGCCUGAUUUAUGAACUUUGUUCUAUGUUUGCGUACAAAAGGGGGGAUUGAAUUCAGUUUCUAAUCCCUCCAUUGCUUGUUGCAAUAAGCAGGUCAGUAAAAUUACUAGGUCUACUUCGUUUCACAUGCACAUCGCAAGGUCCACUGUCAUUAAGUGUGCCACAACAUCCUGUCUGAGAAAAAGGAUUCCACCAACGGUCAAUUCAACUUGUGCAGCGUUCAUGAUCUAGGAUCAGAAUCUUUAUAGACUUAAUAAGACCAUUAACAUUAUAGACUUUGACUUCUGGAAUCUAGGAGCUGUUACUUCAAUUUCUAGAACAGCUUUUGUGAUGUCGUUAAUUGUUUAAUUUCACAUCAGAAGCAAAGAAACAAAAACAGUGUGCAGAGACUAACUCUAUGUAUAAUCAAACAAUCAAUCAAUCUUCCUUCGCUGAUCGUUUAUUUUCUGAGCGAUCAGAUAAACGAUAAAUAUUAGAGCGGAGGAAUAAUGACCACAGGAGUCAUCCAUGUAU